GGUAACCCAACUCCUGAGUGCAGUGCUGAGAAGAGGCAGUGCAGGGGAGAAGUGCAAACAUAUAGGACCUGGGGCAGAGGAUGGCGGGUGGAGAGGAAUAAGUGUUUCAGGGAUAGAGGUGUGCCUAUAAUAAGAGGUGGUGGGGAGAGAGAAGCACAGGCGGGUUCAGAAAUAGAGACAGGUGUGUCCUAUGCACAGGAAGAAGAGACAGCUGUGACAGAGGAAAAGAAGGUGUGACAGACAUACAGUGUAAAGUGUUGGGGAGAUCAGCACUGGCAGAGGCAAAGGAAGGCACCCCUGGCACCCACAGACAUCAGCCUGGCAUAUUCCCUGUGAAAGCCCUGUGGUUCCAAGAUGAGUUGGUUGCACCAGGAUUCGGAGGUGUAUAAGAUGCUGCAGGGGAACCUGGAGAACAGGACGUCCCCACGACAGUCCAACAGCUUCAAACUGCUGCAGGAGGCAAUGGAGAGCAACCCUGACGGAGGUUUUUCCAUGCCAAGCAAGUUUUCACCCACUAUUCAGAAACAAAAUUCCGUGCCCAACAACCAGUCGCCCGUUGCCCAGAAUCGUCCUACUAACAGCCCCUCAGCUGCGCUACGGACGUGUGAGAAAUGCAGCAUGACCAUCAGUGAGGUGGCAGUGAAGAUCUCAGAGGGGCGUUAUCGUCACCCUGGGUGCUACGUCUGUACAGACUGCGGCAUGAACUUACGUAUGAGGGGGCAUUUCUGGGCAGGGGACCAGCUGGUAUGCGAAAAGCAUGCCCGUUCCAGGCACCAUACACCAAUGGGAUCCCUGCGCUCCUAAGUGCCAUGUGGACAUUCUUAAAGGGGAACUAAAGGUCAGCAUAGAAGGGUAUAUCCACUGCACAGGGCUGUUCUAAUGCGUAAUCCUAGACCCUCUAGAGACUUUAUUUACUGCUUCUUGGCUCCUCCCAAUCUGAUGUUCUGCCUCCGGCCCUUGUUGUGUGUUGAUUCGUGCAUAUGCAGAGGGGCAAUACCGUGGGCAGGCUCGCUGGCAGGCUCUGCUGGAACACCCAUACUUUACCAUUAGUUGCUACAGUGCAGGAGAGGAAAUCAGCCCCCACCCCUGAUACGAUUUAAGUUCCAGCCUUUAGUUCUCCUUUAAAGUGCGGCUGGUUUUAUGAGGGGAAUAAACAAAGAAAAAGUACAAAGGACAUUU